AUGGAACCAAGUUCAGCAUCUACCAAUUUUUAUACAGAAUUUACAUCGGAAGAAUUAAUGUUAACACCAGGACAAGAUCGUCGCUUAAUACAUGACGUAGAUCAACGGCUUUUUGAAGAAUUUCAUUUAUGUAAAUCAAUAGGAAAUUGUAUAUCAAUAGGAGUUAUUGCUGAUUAUCUUAUUGGUAUUUUAACAAAAAAAAUUGCAUAUAAAAAUCAACAUUUAGCUUUAUUAAGACGUGAAUGUAUAGUUUAUCAAAUGAAUAUUGUGUUAGAACUGAACUUUAUGCUGUUGUUGGUGCACGUGCAUUUUUAG